ACGCUCACACGAGGACGCUCAACUCUGCCCAACCCAUGGUACAAGAAUCAAAACGAAUCGACGGUUCAUGUAGAAAUCGUUGUCUUGCCAGGAACGGUCAUUAUCAUCGAGGACCAGAAAUUUGAAGAUAUGACAGUUGCCCCCACUGACAUUCCUGAAGUUAAAAUUGAAGACGUCAUGGAUGCAGGUGGAAUGAUUUAUGUCGAAGGUUAUCUUAAGCAGCCCUUUUUGAAAAUGUCUGCAUAUGGCGGUAGUUAUGGGGCAGGUGUGAUCGUCAAAGAUAAUUACAAGCUGCCAGUUAAAAUUCUUCGGUAUGAUGAUAAGAAGGUGUUUCAAAAAGGUAGUUUUCUACGACUACUAGGGCAACUUUUUGUAAAUUAUGAUGGUGCUCCGCAGUUUGUAAUCCAAACAAACGAGAACACCACUCUGGAUGAGGACAAGGCAGCAUUGUUGGAUAAUCAGCUGCGUAUCAUUGGCUUCCAAACACCGAAGCGGAAGCACGAAGGAUUUGCUGGACAGUUACCAAAUAAAAGAUCUCCUUUUGACAAGUAAACAUCACCCAUCUCAUUCACGUUCAAGUAAAUUUUACUUCUUGAAAUGUCGCAAUUUGAGAUAUUCAAUCUUUGUUUUUUUUUAAAUUUAAUUACUUUUCUUAAAAAACGAUAAUCUUCAUAUUAAUUAACUUCAUUUACGUCAAAAUUUGAAUUCAUCUUAAGUUUUCGUGAUCACUUCAGUUUCUUAUAUUUUUCUAAACAUUU